AUGCUUGAUCAGUUACCAUAUGAAAUUUUCAGGCAAAUUGCCUGCAAAAUUCCCCAAGAAGACAAAAUCUCGCUAACAUACGUAUGCAAAAAAACAUACGAAUCAAUUAUACCCUUUAUCUACCAGAAUUUAUUCCUCAACGAAACUUAUCAUGUGAGUAGUGAUUAUGAUGGCUCAUUUGGAACUUGCUAUUGGUCAGUAUUGAAAUUUCCGUUCAUAGAUGAAGAUGACCCCAAUAAUGAAAAGCAAAUAUCAAAUGGGGCGCUCGCCAAACUAAAAUUCAGUUACUUGGAAAGAUCAUUAGCAGAGUCACCAAGUAGAUUAUGUCCGCUAAUCAAUCGAAUACGUUGUACAUGGCACUUAAAUGAAGACGUCAUGUCGAACGUACUGCAAUUGUUAUCGGAAUACGGUUGCAAUGUAAGAUUUGUUGACCAAUUUGUUCGUUCAUGUGUCAAUGACGGGCUGAAACCUUUAUCAAAACAAUUGAAAACCCUAACUUUGACGCCACCAACCAUAAUGCCAACUCAUGACAAAGUAAGCAGCUCUUAUUUGAAUAAGAUUGACCACUUGUUCCUAAGGUGUGAUCUAACUCUACUUGAAAAUCUAUCUAUUCAUGUCAAUGCACUAAAGUACUUCAAGAAUCUGAAAACUCCUAUGAAAAUCAAGUCGUUGGUAUUAAACCUGCGCCCCGACACACUCAAUCUCCCGGAAUACGGCGUUAUUGGUGAGCAUUUUGAAGAUUUACAAUAUAGUGACAUUUUUGACACUUCUACUUUAAAACAGCUGGAGAUACUAUCUUGGUACAGUCGUGAUGAUAUCCCUCCCACAAUUGAAGGUGGUUUUGAUAGUUUAUACAUUAAAUGGGGACUGGAAGGAUUCUGGAAAUUUUCUAAAAUUGAGAACCUAUCGUUGGCCUCAUUAGUCUAUAACGAAUUCUUCCUGAUGAAUUCCCUGGCUGUUUUUCAUAAUUUGAAGAGAUUGAAACUUGAUUACAUGGGCAAAUUCGAAUUCGAUGUGUCAUUAAUUAGAUUUCUUUCUAAGCAAAUAUGUGGCAAAAAACUGCAGCGCUUCGAUAUGCACUGUGAACUGAAUCAUCAAUUUUUUUUCCCAACGCCAGAUAAUCCGCUAAUGCGUUUGAAUUUUGACGAUUUCUGUCCUUGUACAAGGUGCAGCAAUACAAUCCAUGAGGUCAUUUUGAAAAAAAUCUUUCCGGAAACUCGAUCGAAACUUAUAAGGGACCCGAGUAAGUUCCAAGCUCGUAAUUUCUUAUACCAAAUGUUUUUUCAAUCCAAGAUUAUUCCUCACACAAGUAUUAUUGACGACGAAACGCCUGCAAUGGGAUGGGAUUCUAUACCGAUUGAGACGUUUGUACGGAAAUUCAAUAAAGUUUUACAGGAUAUCAACAAGACUGAGGAUAAGGGAGUGAACAGCGUUACUAAAGAAGAUGCGAUUGGAUUGUAUCACGUAUAUCUUCAUUACCUAAAAGACGUUUUUAAGGUCUUCGAGCAAAGUUUGCCGAACUUAGAAUACCUAACAAUAAAUGGCAUAUCCACAAAACUUAUACAAGUGGAUGAUCUGCAAAGAUGUGCAGUACCUCUUUUCUACAAUGAAGGCUACAAAAGCAACUCUGUUUAUGAAUUGGUAGAUAGUGAAUCACUGUUUAAUUAA